CGUAGUGAAACAGUUGGAAAAGUACCGCAGGCUGCAGCUUAGCAGGAGAACUGUGAGAGAGAAAGUUGAAGCGGAGUUCUGUGAAUGAAGAUGGACUCUGCGGCGGUGGAGAUAGACGGCAGCGUUAUGGAGGGAGGCGGACAGAUCUUGAGAGUCUCAGCGGCACUCAGCUGCAUCACUGGCUCCGCGAUAAAGAUCACCAAGAUCCGGGCUGGCAGGAGCACCCCGGGACUAAGGUGGAAGUCAACAGAUGCAUUAGCGUCAUUAAGGAAAUGUUUUGGACCAAUGAAAUGCACUGACAUUUAUGACGUCAAUGCAUCAACCAGAGGCGGAAAGCUGAAGCAAAACAAACAUGGCUGCACCUGUUAUAGCUGGAAUACCCUUUGUUUCUUUUUGAAAAAGGACGCAAUUUUUACUGUUGUGGAUGGGAACAAUGUCCUGACCAGAUUCAAUAAGAAUUUGAUUUAUCCCUUUAAUCUGCUCCUUGUGAAACAAAUAAAGAAUGUGAUAUGGCAAAAACAUCCUCUAACAUCUAGAUUUCUCCCUCAGGUAUUUAAACCCAUCGUAGAGAAGUUUGGAGUCCGCUUUGACUGUGACAUCAAAAUGAGGGGUUACUACCCUAAAGGUGGAGGGGAGGUGAUGGUGACAGUGAAUCCGGUCAAAGAGCUGCAGCCCGUCACCAUGACAGACAGAGGAAACAUCACAAAGAUCCACGGCAGAGCGUUCGUGGCCGGAGUCCUGCCCUACAAAUUGGCCAAAGACAUGUCGGCUGCAGCCGUUCGGACCAUUAGAAAGGAAAUCAAAGAACUUUACAUCAACAUCCAGCCGGUUCAGGAGAAGGACAAGGCCUACGGGAACGGGAAUGGCAUUAUAAUCAUUGCAGAAUCGUCUACAGGGUGUCUGUUUGCGGGCUCGGCUCUGGGGAAGAAAGGUGUUUACGCUGAUAAAAUCGGUAUUGAAGCUGCUGAGAUGUUACUGAGAAACAUCAGACACAACGGCUGUGUGGACGAGUUCCUGCAGGACCAGCUCAUCAUCUUCAUGGCGCUGGCGAAGGGGACGUCCCGGAUCCGGACUGGAGCAGUAACACUACACACGCAGACGGCCAUCCACAUCGCAGAGCAGCUCACUCAGGCAAAGUUCACGAUAACGAAGAGUGAAGACGAGCUGAGCAGCAAUGUGACCUACAUCAUUGAGUGUCAAGGAUCAGGGGUGGUUAACCCUCACCUGUAGCCACACACACACACACACACACACACACUGAAAACACACGCACUCUUCUGGACUCGUAGCUGCUCCUGUCAUGGCUGACCCUCUUAGUUUCUAUUGCUCAGGGUUUAUUUUGUGUUUCCUUAAAAUGCUGUAAUAAGAUAAAUAAAAUCUUUCAAA